UCCUGCUAGUGCAUAUACAUUUCCCAGGUGCAAAAAGAGGGCAGUUACAUGUUUGUAUUGGUUCAGAAGCAGGCAUUGAGGGCCCACAGAGCAAACGUGCCAUGUUGGCCUUACUGCUGCUACUCCUUAUGGUCCGCUUACAAAUGCUGCUUGGCAAUACUUGGGAUGAAGCCAAGUUCAGACUGAAUUGCCCCCAGGCUCCUUGCUGGCAUUAUUGGAAUGGGAAUUGUUACUGCUUAGAGCCAGAUCAGAAGGGGACUUGGACAGGAGCAUUAAAGCAUUGCAAGAGAUACUCUUAUACAGAAUUAGUAACAUUAACUAGUUUACAGGAAAAGAACUGGAUUUUAAAUUUACCCUUGGAUAAUUUUUGGAUUGGAUUAAAUAAUUUGGAAGAAGCAGACAGUUUUUCAUGGUCAGAAGGGACAGAAGCAAAUAUGAGCCUCCCUUGGCUUCAACUAUCACAUUCAAUCGAGAAAAAUACCAUGUAUUGUGUGAAAGUUUCCAAACGUAGCUUGGUUGCUUUGCAAUGUAAUACAGAGGCCCAUUGGAUCUGCAAGCGAAAUGCGGAUGUUGACCGGUAUCAAGAGCAUGAAGGAAAGGUACUUCUGUCACCACCAGGCUUUCCCUCCCAAGUCCAUGCAGAUUUGGUUACUGCAAAAGCAGCAUGCUUGGAGCUUAGAGAGCAGUGUACGGGGAUCACUGUCUGGAAUAAUGCCUAUGCACUUGCCAGGGGAACUGUUUUGCUAAAAAGUAAAGAGAGAGAGUCUGCAGCAUAUAUCAAAUCAGAUUGCUCCUUAGGCUACUUUGGAAAAAACUGUUCCUCUGUUUGCAGCAGCUGCCAUGAAGAUGAAUUAUGCAAUCCUUACACUGGGGGUUGUGACAACAUCCAUUCAUGCCGCUCUCAGGACUCACCUGCUGUUUGUGAACAAGCUUUGGAGAGUGCGUGGUGCCCACACUUUUCUGGUUGGAAAUAUUGGGGAACCAACUGCUAUUACUUCAGUACCGAGGCUGAAGCCAACUGGACCAAUGCUCGGAAACACUGUAGAAGAUUCAGAAGUGCAGACCUUAUGUGGAUGGACAACCCAAGUGAAAUAACCUGGAUUUACUCUGCAAAUUCAUCUGAAAUUUUUUGGACUGGAUUGAAUAGCAGGAAGCAAGUAUCUAUAUGGGUUUGGUCAGACAGUAAAUCAGCAGCUAAAGAACUACACUGGUUGAAAUUUAAUGGAAGCCCAUCGGGACGAUGUAUUGGUCUUGAUUUAUCUAACUAUAUUGCUUUGAGUCUAAAUUGUAGUGAAAAACACCGAUGGAUUUGUAAGAGAAAAGAAGUGAAUGAUCUUUUUGAUGUCUAUCUCGACCAGUUUUUGUCAGGACCAUUAGAACCAAUGUUUUACACCUCCAUUUCUAAUGCUGUCACAGAUUGCUUAAGUGAUUCAAAGUGCACUGGGAUAGUGCAGGAUUACCAAUACUUCAGAAGAACAAGCGGCAUUAAUACAAUUAUUGCUGAUAAGGAAACGGCAACGUCUUAUGUAAGACGAGAAUGCUCCUUUGGUUUCUAUGGUUAUAACUGUGCCUCAGACUGCAAGAAAUGUUAUGGGGGAUUCCAGUGUAAUUCAGUAACUGGUGAAUGUCCUGAAAGGAUGGAAUGUAUUGGUAAAUUCAAAGGUGAACUGUGUGAAUUAGGUAUCAGGAAUCCAAAAUGUCCCCACAAUGCCCCAUGGUGGUUCUAUGAUGGCCAUUGUUAUUAUUUUGAAAAGGAAAUGAAGGGACAACAUGCAUGGGCAAACACACGAUGUUCCUACUAUAAGGAUAGCCACCUUGUCAGAAUUGACAGUGAAAAGGAAAAGAAGUGGCUUGGUAAUAUGUUGGAAGCAGAGAGCUGGAUUAGCUUGCUACAGAGAGGAAAUAAAUGGAAAUGGAGUGCAAGUGGUGAAGAUAUUGAUCCAUCAAAAUAUUCCUGGUUAUGGGAUUUUCCGGCAACAGCAAAUGGUUGUGCUCAAAUGCUACAAGGAGGAACACUUCAAGCGCUACCAUGCUCUGAAAAACAUUUUUAUGUUUGCGAAACAGAAAUAGAUGGUCAUGACCCUUUCAUUAGCUACCCUGGGAAAAUUAUGCUGGCUGUUUAUCCUAUGGCUGUAUAUAAAGAUCUUGUUGAAGCAAAAAUCCAUUGUGUAUUAAGAGAGAACUGUACUGGAAUAAGUAGCUGGACAAAUGAACAUUUUCUUGUCACUGGAAUGGAAAUGGUGUCCGGUUCAGCUCACCACAUAUUUCAUUUAAAAACCAGUUGCUCACCAGGACAUCAUGGCCAUCUGUGUAGUCAGGAAUGCCCAAUGUGUAGAGACAAUGCACGUUGUAACAUGUUGACUGGGUUAUGUGAUGAGAAAUCCACCUGUUGGGAUCAGUCUUCUAUAGAAAAUUGUUCAAGAAGCACUGUGAGUGAGAGAUGCCCAGAUAUGAAAAAAUGGCGCUACUGGAACAAGUACUGUUACUAUUUCUCAAGAAAACGUCUCAGAAACUGGAGAAAGGCAAAUUCUUCUUGCAGUCGAUUUAGGGCUGCUGAACUUCUGUGGGUUGAAGAGGAACAUGAUCUGAAAUGGUUAACAAAGUUUUUCACCAGCUGGAUAUGGUUAGGGCUGCAUGAUAUUGACCGUGAUCAUGUCUGGACUUGGUCACAUGGUGACCCUGCAACAAGUGCACUGGAGUGGAUGGAACUCCCAAAGGGACGCAGAUGGCGAAGAUGUGCUGACAUAUCAAAUACAGGUGUUAUCCGCAAAAUUUCCUGUAAGAAUAAGAGAGACUGGGUGUGCAAAAGACCAGCUGAGCGAGACCUUGAUAUAUAUUCAGGCUUUUGGGACGCAGUAGUGAUCUCAAUGACACCAAGUUCAUCAGACAAUUUGACUUACAGUGAAGCAAGGGAUGAAUGUAUUAAGCAGAAGUUUUCAUGCCUUGGCUUUGGAUUGUGGCAGUCUGGAUAUUUCACACUCAAUGGCCUUGAACUGGUUGGUGGCACCUUUGGUUCAACUGUGACUUUUUUAAAAUCAGGGUGUGAUUAUGGAUAUUAUGGGUCAGAAUGUGAAGCUGAUUGUCCACGUUGCCAUUGGGACAAAUUAUGCCACCCUGUAACUGGAACAUGUGAAGGUUUUAUAGCUUGUGCUGCACCUACGAGCGUGGGUAUCUGUUCUCUCGGUUUGUACAGUUUGAAGUGCUCUCUUGGUGCUGGUUGGUGGUACUGGAAAGAUAAAUGUUAUUUGAUAGAAAAGAAAAGAAAAGUGACAUGGAAGGUAGCGCAGGAGCUAUGCACACGUUUCAAAGGAACAAGGCUACUUCAGCUGGAAACUCCUGAUACAAAGAUGUGGCUGAGACAGAUGAUAAGUGAACAAAUGUGGAUUGGAAUACGGUGGCACUCCCAGAAGGGAGAGUGGCAAUGGGGAGAUGGGACAAAAGCACAAACUAAUUUACACUGGUUAAGGAUACAAAUGAAUGCACGUAGUGGCUGUGGCACUCUUCUUAAUAAUCAGUCAAAUCUGCUGGCAGCAAAGUGCUCUGAAAAAUUACAUUUCAUAUGUGAAAGACAAGAAAAUCUGAACAUAUUCCAGGAGUACAAAGGUCACAUAAUACCACAAAGACAACAGGCAUUGCCCAACACUUUCUAUACGUUACAGUCUGCUCAGGAAGAAUGCAUCUUUGAGCGAACUACUUGUACUGGUGUAGUCUUUUCGCAGGGCCAUUACUAUAUGGUCAGUGGGAAGACGGUAUUCAAAAGCUUCAACGCUGAAGACAUACUGUAUUUGAAAUCCGUUUGUAAUCCUGGAUUUCAUGGCACAAAUUGUCAGUUCCGUUGCCAGAACUGCUCCAAUAACCUUCCAUGCCAUGCUAUUACUGGAGAAUGUGUGGGCACUAGCCUCACCCAGUGCAGCUUAGAUUCCUCAGAUCCAAAAUGCAUUCAAGAAGCAUUCCCAAACCCAUGCCCAAAGAAGCCCAAAUGGUAUCACUAUUCAAAGUCAUGCUACUAUGUUGAAGAUUCAAAAACUGACACGUGGGCUAAUGCCAGAUUUUCCUGCCAAGGUUUUAAGGAAACAGACCUUGUUAAAAUUACAAACAGCAAAGAAAAGAUGUGGGUUCAGCAAAAAGGAGUCGAUAGCUGGAUUGGUCUGACCUUCUGCAAGCAGUUAUAUGAAUAUGUUUGGGUAGAUAACUCAUCUUCAGUCUUUCAAAAUGCAUGGGUGAUUCGACGAAACAGACGAUACACAAAAUCUCAUUUUGAUUGUGGAGUUGCUUUCAAAAAAUUUCUCUCAGUAACAGAUUGUUCCCACCGAAGAAACUGGAUUUGCAAGAGAGGAGAAGAUGUUGAUCUCUUUACUGAGCACAAGGGAAGAGCCUUUUACUUGCCUUCUGGAAAAGCUCCUAAAUAUUCAACCUUAGAUAAGGCGAAACAAGCCUGCUUAGUCUCUCCAAACUGUACUGGAGUGGUAGAAGUAGAGAAAAAUUUCACACUACACACUGGUAUGGAGAUAUAUAACACCAGAGAUAAAAAAGUGAAAACAUGGAUCAAGUCAGAGUGUGUUGCUGGAAGAUUUGGGCAGAUGUGUGAAAAAAUGUGUCGCAAGUGUGAUGAUGAUGAUGUAUUAUGCAACCCACACACAGGCUUUUGCAGUGAUAGCCUAUUCUGCAACAAAACUGACCCUACUUUCAGUUGUGAAAAAGGGUCUAUAAUUGGUGGGAGGUGUCCUGUUGAAGAUGGCUGGAUAUACUGGCAUGGCAGCUGUUAUUACAUAAACAGGGAUAAAGAUGAAGACUGGCUAUAUGCAAGAGAGAUGUGUAUACGUUAUAAGGGCACAGACCUCCUCUGGAUAACUAAUGCAGAUGAGAAGAAAUCACUUCUUUCCAUAUUGCCAAGAGGAUCCUAUUGGAGUGGUCUUCAUGGGACUUGGUUUUGUAACCAUUUACAUUGGUCAUAUAGGAAUACUUCGUAUACACAUUCAGAAUGGCUACGUACGUCAUCAGGGACAUUCAGCUGGAAUUGUUGUGUGGAACUGAUUGUUCCUGAAGGCUCAAUGCCAGGAAACAGAUGCAGAAGGAAAAAAUCAUGGGUUUGCAAGAAAAGAGAGGAGGGAACAAUGGAUUUUCGCACAUUUGAUGGCUAUUUUCUGGUUGGCAUUGGCGAGGAUUCUACAGCAGCCACUCACAAAUCAUUAAGUGAAGCCUUUGAAUACUGUAGAUUUGAACGAAGACUUUGCACUGCAGUACAAAGGAUAACAAAUCAAUACAUAACAUAUCUUGCAAAGCGACUGGUCUUUGUCAAUGGAUCUUAUGCCAAAUUAUAUACAGCCUAUUUGAAAAGUGCUUGUACACCAGGAUAUUAUGGUCCCCAAUGCAGCAUAAAGUGUACCUGUAAUGGGACUGAAAACUGUAAUCCAUUAAGUGGACAGUGUGCAGAAAAUGAGCAAUGUAAUGAAGAUUACUUAACAACAGAUUGUGAAGGAGGUGUGAUCAACCUUAAGUGUCCCAAAGAUCCUGGAUGGUGGUACUGGAGAGGCAACUGCUAUUACAUAGAGACAGCAAAGCACUUGACCUGGGAAGAAGCGAAAAAUUUCUGCAUGGCUUACCAUGAAACUGAACUGCUGCCACUGCCACAAACCAAAGAGGAAAAGAUCUGGCUCACAUCUGUGCUAAAGGAAAUCGUAUGGCUUGGCUCAGCAGUGACAAAAGCCAAGGGCACAAGUAACCUGGAAGAGAUAUAUAGGCAAUCUUUUUCAACCUGUCCACAGAUAGAUAGGAAUGGGACCGUUAGACAUGUUCCUUGCACUUCUUUGGCUGCAUGGGUUUGUAAAAGGGAUGUAGAUGCCAAGAUGUUUUGGCAAUAUCAUGGAAAGUUACUUAUUUUGCCUUUGGGGGAAAGAAUGUAUAUAAAUAUGGAACAUGCCAAGUCAGCCUGUUUUUUAGAAGACAAAUGCACUGGAAUCGCCUAUUGGAAGAAGCAGUAUGUGCCAGUCCGUGGUAAGGAGUUAAUCUUAACAAAAUUACAGCAGGAUGGUGCAUACAUGAAAACAGCUUGUAGUGAAGGUCAUUUUGGAGCCUACUGCCAGGAGAAGUGUCCAGAAUGUCCACGGGAUAGACCAUGUAAUCGAUUAACAGGAAAUUGUGCUGGCAAGGUGACAUGUCCAGAAAAAAAAGAUUUGAAACUCUGUGAAGUCAAACUAGCAAGCAAAUUUUGCUACCACUCUUGGACAUACUUCAACGGACGUUGUUAUUAUAUCUCUUCCUAUGGACAAAUUAAUAAAAGUGAUGCAGAGUAUAUGUGCAGUCUCUACAAAGGAGCCCGACUUCUGCAUUUGACUACCUCUGAGGAAAAGGAUUGGAUAACUAAGAUAAUUUCUAAAAGAAUAUGGCUUCACAGUGUGAGUCCAGCUUUCCAGUCAAAAAUAUGGCUUUUACCAUUGGAUGAAAAAAUAUACAGGACUCUCACAGACAUUGAGGAGUUGUGCCUUCAGCUGGAUCCAUGGCUGGAACGUCUAAUAUCAAUUCCCUGUUCGCAAAAUGCUUCAUGGGUCUGUGAAGCCCCAUUAGCUUCUGAGCAAGUGGAUCAACCAGUUAAGUGGUGGGAAUCAAUGGUCACAUCCCUUUUGGUAACUAUUAUCAUAUUAGCAAUAACAGUGGUAGCUACAUUUAAAUAUGGACAAGUUCCUGCAGCAACAAAUGAAGCAAAGCCACAAUCAUUUUAGUCAGAUGCCGAAAGCAUGGUUCCAGGGAUACUUAUGUCCUCAGAGGAGGAAAAAGCAAAAUAUGGUAUACAGUAUUGGUAAAAAGCAGGUCCAGUGAAUUCUCGUUGCUUUGGUUUGAAAACAAAAUAUUGGCCAUGGCUACUUGAAGAGAUCAUUGAGAUUUGAAGGGAAAGAAAUAAUACAAAAAAUGAGAAAAAGGAAACUGAGAAUAGACUUCACAAAACAGAGAGAAUAUAAAUAAAAUAGUAUAAUCUAGAUGAUCCCAUAGUGGCUUCAACUUGUACAGUAGUGUUGACAAUUUUAACACAAGCCCUUAAGUUGUUUUGGAGUCAUAAAGAAUUCACCCUCAAGGCUAUG